AUUGAGCCCAUUUGGUCGAGCCCUAAUGGAGAUAUUCAAACUUUUUUUCCUUGUCUUGUUACUUAUGGGACACCCUGUAAUAUUCGAAUUCUGACUUGAAGCUUUGUAUAGAGAUGGAACUUGAUGAGAAUAGUUUAUUAUGAAAGUUUUAGAGUCAUUUGAUUUUCUCUUAUAGUGAAAUAGUAAUAUGAAUCUACCGAUAUAUAUAUAAGUAAUGCGAAAGACACGUACUUAUCAUAGUCGAAUCUUAGAAUAUGAACAAUAAGAAAUUUGAAAAUCAACUUUCCUGGUGCUCCUGAAGAAGAGACCAAGAUGUUGAAUUUAAACAAGAUGUUAUAAAUAUUCUAUCUCGGCAGAAAUAAUCGAAGAGCUUGAACUCUGCUCAUAUAGUUUCACAUGAUGUACAUAGUUCCAACCUACAAGUGACUAUAUCAACGGCAGGAGAGUCCUCAUAGGUCUAAGAUAAAAACCAUUUUUUUAAUAAAUUAUUUUUCUACGAUCAUGAAUUUUAUUAAAAUCUCAGAAGAAUAGUAUAUCUGAAAGUUUGAAAAACUUUACAAUCUCUAUCAAUAAGAAUAUGUAGAAGUAAGUUUUUCAAUCAUACUUCUAAUAUCACUUUUUAAACUAGAAAAAACUAUUCUCAAUUAAUAAAUAAUUCAUCUAAUAUACACUAGUAGAAAAUUCAAAACAUAAAACUUUUCUAAAAUUAUACUAGAAGAAAUAACUUAUAUUUUGAUUAAAUCAACUUCUUUAAUUUGUUAUUUUUAGUCAUUAUUAAAUCUAUUAUCGAGUGGACAUUCUUCAUCAGGAAAAACUGAUAAAUCUUCAACAAAUUUAGCACGUGAUUCGUUUUCUGGUAAUAGAAGAAGACCAUCAAUACUUAGUCGAUCAUCAAGUGUAGACAAUCCAAAAAUAUCAAAUUUUAAUGAUGGAUCUCGAAAUAAGAAAAGACCAUGUAUGUGGAAUUUAGAUUUUAGUCCAUAUAAUUCAUCUUUAAUAAGAAUUAAAUGUUUUUAUCGAUACUUACCGGUUUAUGGUGUUGGACUUGAUCCACAAACAAAACUUACAGAAGUCAACUAUUCAUGUUUCUGACAACUUGGAUAAUAUUACCCUUGUUUUUAUUGUUUUCUGUUGGUUUGCAUCCAAAUAUUUAUAUAUAUAUAUUUUGUUUGUUUGUUUUUUUAUAACCGAAAAUACAUUUUCAUUGAAAUCAAAAAUUAAAAAAAAAAAAAAACGAAAUUAAUAAACAAAUGGAUCAAGUCAUACUUUCACAUAAAAAAUUCACCCAAAAAUCUUUCAUACAAAACUAUAGUUGCUGUGUUUUUUUUCUUCUCAUUCAUCAUCUCUUGUAUUCAAAUGAAAGUCCUCAUCGCCAAAUUAAUAAAUUUUAAAUAACAGAUGCAUAUAGUGUACCUGAAGUGAAAUACUUGAAUUUUGAUGAUUUAAAAUUUAUGUAUAAAAACAAGUGGAUAGAAGAAGUAUUGUUAGCUACAGUUUUCUUAUGGAAAAAAUAUAAUUAAUAUAUGAAUAAGUCUCGUUGAUCCUUUGAAGGUUCGGUCUAUUUUCCUCAGGAAACGACUAAAUCUUGAAUGAAGUGUGUAACCAUGAAAUAUCAAAAUCUUAACAGAGUUUAAAACAAGAUUCAAUCAGCAUCUUUACCGAUUUAUCACUAGGCUCAGAAAUCUAUUCAAGAAACCCUAAGUUCUGAAAGAAACGUGUAGCCAGGAAUAUCUGCUAUAUCUAUGAGAAUCCUAGGUGCGAUCAAGAGUAAAUCCUGCUAGGGUUUUGAAUAAUUAAUUUAGAAAAAAAAAAAUCUUGACACUAACUUGAGCAAAUCCUAAGUAGGAUCCUAUUGAACCGUGUGAAAUCCUGUAAACGGGAAUUGCUACAAUUUGAGAUAGAGUUCUAAGCAAAAUUUGACGAGUUUCUCGAAAUUCAAGAUUUCUUAAGAAAUGAACAGGACUGACACUGGAGUGUUCUUCGCUUACUGUUAUUAUUAAGAAAAGUACUCACUAUUAGAACUAAUUCAAUUACUUGCAAACGAUAUCUAAUUACUCUAUUAAUUUAAACUACAAUUGAAUGAUUUUUAUUUCAUUCAUUUCAGCACACAUUUCUGUUCUCAAUAAUAUGAAAAAAUCUCUCACGAGGAACCGUACGAAGUGAUUCACCACUGUUGAACUCAUAUUUUGAACAUAUAGAGGAGACUUUUAGACUAGAAUAAUCCUAAAAGGACUCGGG